GUUGAACGGAGCUGAAACGCCAUUACAGGGAGGAGAUCUGAGCUGAAACACGAAGGUUUACUGGGAUUUAAAGAAAAAACUGCAGAAACUUUGACCAGGUGAGUUCUGGUUCUGGAGGAUUUCUGUAGAAAAUGGCAGAGAGAGCUCUGAUUGAACGUUACCUGAGCUGCCAUGUUUGUUCAGAGACUUUCAGAGAUCCUGUGUCUCUGAGCUGCAACCACAGCUUCUGUUCAAGCUGCCUGGAGAAAUUCUGGGAACAAACUGGAAACAAGAACUGUCCCAUCUGUAAAAGAAGAUCUUCUAAGGAUGAUCUGCCAAUAAAUUUCUCUCUGAAGGAACUGGCUGAAUCUUUUACUGAAAGACAGAAAUCUGGAUCAUCAGAGACAGAAACUGGAGAAAAGCAGCUGAUGGUGGUCUGCAGUAAACACCAAGAAGAUCCUAAACUGUUCUGUGAAGACGAGCAGAGAGCUGUGUGUCCUGUCUGUGACUUUUCUCUCCACCAGAGUCACAAAGUGGUUCCUCUUGAACAAGCAGUCAGAGAUCUGAAGGAGCAGCUGAAAUCUGACUUAGAGUCUCUGCAGGACAAAAGGAACAAACACAAAGAAGUGGAGAAAACAUACGAUGAUGUGAUUCAACACUCCAAGAAGCAGCUGUCGUCCACAGAGAGACAGAUCAGAGCAGAGUUCAACAAGCUCCACCAGUUCCUGAGAGAGGAAGAGGAGUCCAGACUGGCAGCUCUGAGGGAGGAAGAGGAGCAGAAGAAGAAGACUAUCAGCAGAGAGAUGAAGAGGAUUGAGGAGCAGAUCUCCUCUCUGUCAGACAGUAUCUCUGCUGUUGAAGAAGAGCUGCAGAAAGACAACCUGUCGUUCCUCAGCAGUUAUAAAGCCACUCAGAGAAGAGCCAGAGGUCAGAGGUCACUGCCAGAUCCACAGCUGUUCUCAGGAGCUCUGAUAGAUGUGGCCAAACACCUGGGCAACCUGUCCUUCAGAGUCUGGGAGAAGAUGAAGGGCAAGGUGAAGUUCAUCUGUCGCAGCAGUCCCAUCAUUCUGGACCCAAACACUGCAGGUAGAUGUCUCUACUUGUCUGAUGAUCUGACCAGGGUGAGAAAUGGAGACACAUGGCAGAAGCUUCCUGAUAAUCCAGAGAGAAACACGAAGUAUACAUGGGUGUUUGGUUCUGAGGGCUUCAGCUCAGGGAAACACAGCUGGGAGGUGAAGGUGGGAGAUCAUCCUGACUGGAGAGUGGGUUUGGUUAGAGAGUCUGUUGACAGGAAGGGAGAGAGAUAUGCUUCACCAGAAUAUGGAAUCUGGUGUUUGCUGCAUGGUGAUGGAAAAUACACUAAUGGUGCUGGUAAAACUGUCACACUGGAUAAAAGUCUCCAGAGGAUCAGAGUCCAGCUGGACUAUGACAGAGGGGAGGUUUCCUUCUACGACUCUGAAGACAAGAGUCUCAUCUACACUUACAGAGACACUUUCACUGAGAAACUCUUUGCUUAUUUUAGUGUUGGAAAAGCUGCUGAUGCCAAAACAUCUGAGAUCAAAAUCUGUCAACCUGAUUUUUCUGUUUAAAGAUCAAAGUUGUGUUUUUUUACUAAAAUAUUUUACACUUUUAGUUCAGUUUCUAUCUGCAAUCUGAACAAUAUUCUUAUGAAAUUAUUAAUAAACAUCUUUGAUUAUUGAAGAUUUUGAAACUUUUUUGACAAUAAGAAUCUAAAUGUGCUACUAAGAAACUAUAUUCGAAAUUAAAACACCACUGAAUGUAUCUGCUGUUAAUUUUGUGAAGUUUGUAUAAAAAAAAUGUUUUGAUCUCAGUUACAGGGAA